UCCCGCGUCGCUACCUCCACUUCAGCGUUCGGCCAUCGGCCCUUCCUCCGUCUCUCGCCUUUUCCGCGCUCACCUUUGCGCAUCGGCAUCGGACACCAGGUUUCUUCCGUUUUGCUAGAUGGAUUCUGACGCGGGCGGCUCCAGCUCCGCUCCACCACCUCCGUCGGCAGCCAUAGGUGCAGGUGCAGGCGCGGGCGCGGAGACGAAGGGGGAUGAGCGCGGCCGCAAGCAGGUGAUGGUGGUACUGGUGGGCCCACCGGGCAGCGGCAAGUCCACGUUUGCAGAUGCCGUGGUUGGCGGCUCCACCGCCGGCCGCCACUGGGUUCGCGUCUGCCAGGAUACAAUAGGGAACGGCAAAGCUGGGACAAAAAUACAGUGCUUGAAGGCUGCAUCAGAUGCUUUGAAGGAGGGCAAGAGUGUUCUUGUCGACCGCUGCAACUUGGAACGUGAGCAGCGUGCUGAUUUUGUGAAGCUGGGAGGCACAUUGCGCGCAGAUGUGCACGCUGUCUCCCUGGAUCUACCUGCAAAGGUCUGUAUCUCACGUGCAGUGAGCCGAAAGGGCCAUGAAGGAAAUCUGCAGGGUGGGAAGGCUGCCCUUGUUGUGAACCGCAUGCUGCAGAAGAAGGAGACACCCUUGCUCACAGAAGGUUUCAGUCGGAUCAUGUGCUGUAAUGAUGAUGGCGACAUUAAAAAAGCAGUUGACUUGUAUAAUGGUUUAGGGCCUUCAGAUAGUCUUCCAUCAGGAGUUUUUGGUCAGAAGAGCAAAAGACCCGUACAAGUUGGUAUAAUGAAGUUUCUAAAGAAAACUGAUGCUUCUGUUGUUGAGACAUCUAGCGGACCUAAGCAGGCAUUGACAGAAAUAAAGCCAGCGCAGCAAAAUCCUUUGCCAAAACAGGAAAAUGUUGAAGCUGGUUUUGCCUGUUCCAUGGAAGUUGAGAAGGGAUUAAAUGACAAGAUGGAAAAUGAAGAGCAUGCUAAAGGAAGUGAUUAUUGUGAUGUUGGUUCCCGUACUCUGGCAUUUCCAUCUAUUUCUACAGCUGACUUCCAAUUUGAUCUUGACAGAGCAUCUGAUAUUAUAGUGGACACAGCUGCUAAUUUCUUGCAGAAGUUUGAUAAUAUAAGACUAGUUCUUGUAGACCUGAGUGAGAAAUCAAGAAUUUUGUCAUUGGUCAAACAGAAGGCUGCUAAGAAGAGCAUCGACUCCAACAGAUUUUUCACAUACGUGGGAGAUAUCACUCAGUUGCACACAAAAGGAGGUCUUCAGUGCAGCGUGAUUGGUAAUGCUGCCAAUUGGAGGCUAAAACCUGGAGGUGGAGGGGUUAAUACAGCAAUAUAUAGUGCUGCUGGAGAAUCUUUACAACAUGCUACUAAAAAAUGUGCUGAUGCACUGAGGCCAGGAACCUCUGUAGUUGUUCCACUUCCAUCAACUUCUCCUCUGCAUCAACGGGAAGGUGUGACGCAUGUCAUACAUGUGCUCGGGCCAAAUAUGAAUCCAAUGCGACCAGACUGUCUUAAGAAUGACUAUACCAGAGGGUCUAAGAUUCUUCGUGAAGCAUACACUUCACUUUUUGAGAAUUUUGCAUCUAUUGUGCAGAGCUACAUGGGAAAGCAGAACAAUGAGUCUGGAGCAGAAAAGUCAGCGUCUGGAAGGAUAUCGCCCAAUGACACAAAAAUGAAGCGAGAGGACAACCAUGAAUCUGAAAGGAUGAAAAAACAUAAGUUGUUUCAACCCAUCAUGACUGCAAAGCGACAGCAUGAGUGUACAAAGGUUAAUGCUCCAAAUUGCCAUGAUAAUGCCAUGACUUCAUCUGCUGCUCCUAGCCAAACUAGACAAGUAGACAACAAAAGGAAUGAUGUGGUUACCAGUAAGACUUGGGGAUCCUGGGCUCAGUCUCUUUACGAACUUGCCAUGAACCCAGAAAAAUACAAGAACUCAGAUUCUAUUCUAGAGACAUCAGAUGAAUAUGUUGUUCUGAAAGAUCUCUAUCCAAAGGCCAAAAGGCAUGUUUUGGUGAUAGCUAGAAUGGAUGGUCUUGACUCUCUAGCAGAUGUCAAGAAAGAACACUUGCCUUUGUUGAGGAGGAUGCAUUCAGCUGGGGUGAAGUGGGCACAUAAGUUCCUAGAGGAAGAUGCGGCUUUGGAAUUCAGACUUGGAUACCAUUCGGUUCCAUCAAUGCGACAAUUGCAUCUUCACAUCAUUAGCCAGGAUUUCAACUCUGCAAGCUUGAAAAAUAAGAAACAUUGGAACUCCUUCACCACAUCAUUUUUCCGUGAUUCUGUUGAUGUGAUUGAGGAGAUUGAACAAAAUGGAUCAACAACCACCAGCAGUGAUGAAAAGGUACUCGCUAUGGAACUCCGGUGCCACAGGUGCAGGAGCGCUCAUCCAAACAUCCCGAAACUGAAAUCCCACAUCGCCAUCUGUAAAUCUCCCUUCCCUUCACAUCUUCUUCAGAAAAACAGGCUGUUGUUGUCCUCGACGAUGCAUAUGGACCGCACGUAGAUGCUAGAACUCGAUGAUCAGUUGUCCUUGCACGCACAUUUUGCAUGUCGUGCUUGCCUAAGGAUAGUGUUGAUCGAUUUUUUUUUUACCUAAUGCGGACUAGUGGAAACUUGCCUUGCUUUUCAGAGACCAUUACCUGUGUUGGCGUGCUUACUGAAGAUUAUUGGGGAUGGAAGCUCCAUUUGACUUGGGUCAUUGGAUCGAUAUUAAAAUUUUCUAAAAUAAAUUAGAGUGCGUCAGGAUCUAGAUUCUCGUAGAAAUAUUUUGGAUCCAGAUUCUUUUAGGAAGAUCAGUCAGAAUUAAUUUUAUAAGAAUGGACUAGAUUAUGAUUCAUAAGAAAAUAUAUAUUUACUAAAAAUCAUAUAAAUAAAAACGCAUAAAAACUGAACCUUUUGAUACGACAUAUCUUAACUUUGAACUUUAAAAAAGACUGGUUGGUGCAGACUGCAGAGGAGAGGCCAGAAACGGGAAGAGGGAGGUGGGCCUAUCACCGGCGUCCUCUCCUCUGUACUUCACUACUAUCUUAGACCACAGAGCUAAAACUUAAUCUAUCUUACGGAAAUAGAUUAAUCAUGAGCCAAUUACAGAGUAACAACAAGUAUCCAUCAUUAGCUUUUGUUAGUCUAGAAUUAAUCCAGUCUUUUAAAUGAUAUUUAAAAACAUGGGCUAACUGUUAGUCGCAUGUAUGUAAGGCCAUGUUCUAAACCUCUAAAACAGGACAACUAAUAAAACGGGAUGACUAAUAGGCCAACUAGUUGCUAACUAUAUCUCUUAUUAAACAGCUAUUAGUUAUUACUGUCUACAUUGUUUAUAGAGUGAAGUGUGAAAUAGGAUAUUGAAAUAAAUAAGACAUUAGAGAUGUAUAGCUGACUAACAAUUAGCUUUAGAGGUUUGUCUGCCCUAGUUCGUUCAGAAGUUGUAGUCUCGGAUGGGCGUUUGGCGGUUGCUCAAUAUCUGUCGUUGCUCCCUUGACAUGGGUGUCGUCGUUGCUCUCUUCGAGCUAAGCAUUGGCGGGUACGCUGUUCAUAAGCAAGGUGAACCCCUUUCAAGUUUCAAAUAAAUCGAUCCUCCCUUUUCUCCCGUCUGGAUCUGGCCGCGGGCUGGCAUGACGAUUGACGACGAUGCUGUUGCCGGAGGAUAUGACGAUACUUGUUGAACUCUGGCGGCGACCCAACCACCGCGUCGACGGGCGACAGGCCGACAGUUCUUUGCUCACGUUGGUCAUGGUGGACGACGCGGGGCUCUGUUCCGCGGCGUUCUUCGCGCACUGAGGAGUUGGCCGUGGCGGAUUCGGCGACGGAGCGCCAAUCCUGUUUGUGGGUCCAACCGCUAAGACGUGUAACACAUGCCUGCUUCUGAAGGUCUGGUCCGAAAGACAGCUGUCCAAGCAGCAUGCUGGGUUCAUUUCCUGCUGCCGAUUUCGGUCUCCAUCGAUCGAUUCCUUACUCCGAGGUGGUGUCUACAAAUUGUUGGAGAUUCUUCCAUGCAGUAGAUGGAAAACCAACCCAGUUUUUUUUCUUUUCUUUUCUUUUUAGUCUUCACGACAUUUUCGUCGAGCUUUCGCAGGAUUUGUAAUCUAAUCACCUUCUUCUCCCGGGACAAAGAGAAGGGACCUGAUAAGAUGUUCAGGGAAUUAAACGUGCAAAGCUUUUAAUCUAA